CAUGCGUCAAGGAAGGUCGUCCAGUUUCUUUCCACACGCGCCAACGGGCGCCACAAGUCGAACUUCUUUGGACCUGCCAGGCCCCGAUGAGAGCGUCCUUGGCGAUGCCUCGCCACGUGGGACCCUCCUGCUCGGACCUGGACGCGGUCGAGGCACGCCACGAGCUCGACAAAGGACGCCGUUCUCAGGCCUCGUCAGCGGCCAGCACAUCCGCUGUGGCCACAGCGGGCUCCCCUCCGACGGCCGAAGCCGAGAGAAGCGGACCUGGCCCCAUAGGUGGCGAGUCCGGCUGGGCGUCCGCAAUCUCCAAGGAGGCCAUCUGGGUGCUGGGCAUCGUGGUGGCGCUGUGCCUGCUGCUCGUGGCGCUCGUCUACCUCAACCUGAGCCACAGGGCGGGGAUGUGAACGUCGUCUACUACAUGGAAGAGGCCCGCCACACACACUUCGUGGGCCUGUCGCAGAAAUUUAAAUUUUAGUCAUGAAUUUUUUGGCAGAUUUACACUUUCUUCCAUCAAGUGUCUCAGAAUAAUGAUUAAUAAAAUCAUUCGUCGUUACUUGGUGCAGAUUGUAAGGUUAAGCAAGCUCAUAUUUAUUUAAACGAGGAGGACCUCCUAAAACAGACGCGGGUUAUUUGCAUUACGAUGUCGA